AUGCCACAACUCGAAGCGCGAGAGGGCUUCAGGUUCUUUCACUACACCCCGUCUCUGGGCGCUGCGGUGGUCUUCAUCAUCUGCUUCCUGCUCACGACUAUCUUCCACACCUACCAGCUCUUCCGCACGCGAACAUGGUUCUUCAUCGCCUUUGUCCUGGGGGGUUACUUUGAAUGGAUCGGCUACUGCGCGCGAGCAGUUUCGGCCAACCAGUCCCCGGAUUGGACUCUCGGCCCCUUCAUCGUGCAAUCUGUUCUUCCCCUCGUGGCACCGGCGUUGUUCGCCGCGAGUAUCUACAUGGAAUUGGGCCGUCUCAUCGUGGUCCUCCACGCCGAAAAACAUAGUCUGAUCAGGAUCAAAUGGAUGACCAAGAUCUUCGUGACGGGUGAUGUUCUGUCCUUUCUACUCCAGGCAGCCGGCGCCGGCUUAAUGGGCAUGAAGUCCAAAAUGGCCGAAAACGGCCCCAAUAUCAUCAUCGGCGGCCUCGUCAUCCAAGUCCUUUUCUUUGGCUUCUUCAUGAUUUCGUCCGCCGUCUUCCAUAUGCGCAUGCAUCGUGAUCCAACCCCGUACUCGCUUUCAAAACCUCUCCGCUGGACGGAAAUUAUCUAUGUGCUCUACGCGGCGAGUCUUUUGAUUCUGGUGCGAUCGAUCUUCAGGUUGAUUGAGUAUGCGCAGGGCAAUAACGGGUAUUUGAUCUCUCAUGAAGUAUUCUUGUAUAUUUUCGAUGCCUUAUUGAUGUUUGCGACCAUGUUGGUCUUUCAUGUGGUGCAUCCCAGUGAGCUAAAUGUAUGGUUGAAGGGGAAGGGUGUGUAUACCAGGGGAAUCAAGGUUCAGAAGUUUGCCGGAAGUGGGGAGGUCUUGUCUUAG